GGAAUGUGACAUCUACAAGAAGCAGAGCUAUUUGAAGUAACUGCAAUCAAAGGAUGUCUCCUCGUAACCAAUUAGAUCCUUUAUCAUGCUUAGUAAGAUUAUAAAGUCCUACUGAGUUCAAACAUUGUCAUUCUUGAAUUGGAAGUCCCAUCGGGGUGGUUGGUCGGUAUUACCUACUCACACAUCGACUGCUGAGGCUGCAGGAAACUCUUUUCUUUUAGUGGCUCUCCACAAUGCCUCAAUUAACUGAGUGCUCGUACUAUGAGGUUCAAGCUCACCUGGAGAACCCAACAAAGUAUCAUUUGCAACAAUCACAGAGACAACAAGUUAAACAGUAUCUGAAUCUUGGGAACAAAUUUUCAACCCAGACACUUGCGUAUUCCCACCCACAUGUAGUUCAACCUACUGGAAUUGUGCCAACCUUACGAAAUGGAUACAUGUCCCCUGAUACAGACAACUGUACAACAGAUUGCCAGUUAACAAAACUGAUGCCCUUGGGAGCCAACAGUGAAAAUGAGAUAGAAGAAGUAAUUGAUGACAUAAUUAGCCUAGAAUCAAGUUUCAAUGACGAUGGCUUGAACUGCGCAGAACCUGCACUUUUGAUGUCAAGUAAUCUUUCACUCUCAAGCAAUAUUCUGGAUAUUUACAACAGUGACCAAAGCUCAGACAUGGGACUUUCGAAUAACGUGUGCCCUAGUAUGGGAGUGAAAAGGGAAGUUACAGACACAGAUACCCGAGCAAUGGUGAAAGAAAGACAAAAAAAGGACAACCACAAUCUCAUUGAGCGACGGAGGAGAUACAAUAUUAACCACAGAAUUAAAGAACUUGGAACACUAAUCCCAAAAUCCAAUGAUCCUGAUAUGCGCUGGAACAAAGGAACUAUUUUAAAAGCUUCGGUAGAAUACAUCAAAUGGUUACAAAAAGAACAACAAAGAGGUCGAGAAUUAGAACACAGACAGAAAAAAUUAGAGCAAGCUAACAGAAGAUUGCUGCUUCGUAUUCAGGAACUUGAAAUACAAGCUCGAGCUCAUGGCCUUCCCAUGCCAACAUUAUGUACAGUUGAAAUAGCAUCUCAAGUCAUCAAACAGCAAACAUACCGGGAAGAUAUGGCUCAGGAUUAUGCUUCUCAACUUCCAGUUUCCAUUGGACAAACCACAGACUUGUGUGAUGUAUCAACGUCAUUUUCCGAUCCACUAUCCCAUUUCACAGAUUUAUCCUUUACUGCAGCUUUAAAAGAACAAAUGUUGGAAGAAAUGUCUCCAUAUGGAGCUGAUCCCUUUCUCUCUGCAACGUCCCCGGACCUGUCCAAAGGCAGCAGCAGAAGAAGCAGCUUCAGCACAGAUGAUGGGGAUGAUCUUUAAAGGAAAACAUAAAAACAAAACAUGAAAGAGACACUGCCUGUAGCACCUAAUAAGUAAGAACGCCAAGGUGUCUUCUAAUCAUGAGCAGAUUUAAGAGUUCAACUUUUUUUUACUUUGUAAAUAUUGUCAGAAAGCAUAGAAAAAUAAUUUCUUGUAACUGCAAUUAUAUCUGUCUAGUGAAAGGAAACCUUUCCCACUGUUAUUUUAUUUUGUAGUGUAUAUAUAUUAUUUUUUCAUAAUGUACAUUUGAGAUUUUCAUGUUAUGAUUUAUUGUUUAAGAAAAUACAUUUAGUCCAUAUUCAAAUGUAAUUUUGUCAAUGGAUGUCUUUCAUAACUACAUUUGUAGUUAUAAGGAUUCAUUUUGCAUAUAGGGAAACUGGGCCUUUGCACCCAGUGCACCUUGCCACUCCUAAGUCGCACCUGAUGCCCACAGAUGCAUACCUUCCGAAUGACCCUGCACUUUUGUAACUAUUUAAGAUAAGCAAAGAUACAAUUGUAACCAUUUAAGAUAAUCAGGUCUCUUGGUCUCAGCUUAAAGGGCAUCUUCAUUAGCAAAACUGUAAUAACGUAAAAAAAUGGUACAAACCAGAAUUUUGUAGAGCAGGCACUGAAACAAAGGCAUUCUUUCACCAGGCAGUAGAUAUAGGAAAAAUGAUUUAUUAUUCCACAUGUAUAGCCUUACGCGUUUCCUGUCAUGAGUGUUUACUAAUAAUGAGUUUUGUUGUGAUCUGACUUCAGGACUGAGGUGUACCAAGAUGGCACACACUACCUCAUAAUGGGGGUGUGGUCCUCGCCCUAAUACAGUCGUAUGUUCUUAAUUGACUGUUUGUUGUUGAUUUGUUAAUUGGAAGAUUGGAAGUGUUAUGUGAUUGGUGUAGUGAUGUUUAAAUAUAAUGUUUAGAACUGCUUGCAGUUAGCCUAUGACUACAAGUGUUUGUAACACAAAAUGCGUAAGGCUAUACAUGUGCUAUACAUGUGACAUAAUAAAUAAUUUUACCAAUAUAUACUGCCUGGUGGAAGAGUGCCUUUGUUUGAGUGCCUGCUCUACAAAAUUCUGGUUUGAACUGCUCCCUUUGAUGAAGGCGCAGGGCAGUGCACCUGGGCCUCCUCCUUGAUUGGUGAGUCCCUAUGUGAUACAGGACUAUCUUUAUUUGUAAACGUAAGAAAUGGCUCUUAAAACCCCAGAAAUGUGUUCAGACUUUCCAUAACCUGCCAAAUCUUGUAAAAUGGACAUGAUAUUUAGGGGGUGUGGCCACAAAAUGGGCAUGAUCAAAAACAUUUGCUGUAUUCAAAUGUUGGGAGGUGUGCAAAUACAACUCUUUGUUCUCACUGAAUGGAGCACAAAGAGAUGUGCUUGUCUGUAUAAAGUGCUUCAUACUAGAAGCACUGUAUAUAUAGCUUGUUCUCAGUGUCUCUGUGUCACCUUUAGCAGUGCCUCUGUAUUACCUUUAUUGGUGCAUCUGCCACAAGGACUCUGUUCUGUACCAGCAAUAGAUGUAUAUGCUAUAUGUACUAUUGGGUACAUAGCAUUGGAAUUAGUAAAUGUCUAGCUAUUGUGAAGCAAAAAAAAAAAAUCAAUGAUGAAUGUUAAUAAGAUUGUUUUACUCACCAAAAAUCCAUUUGGAAUCAAAUGGAUUUGGAGCAAACUUUAUCAAAAAUCUAAUAGGUUUGACCAAUAACCCUUGACUGGACCAUUAUGAAUGAAAUGAUGGUGCUGUUAUAUUUAUAAUACUUCUGCUUUAUCUGGGCUCAUUAUGCUCUCAUUAUGCUCUCAGCAUAUACUGUACCAAAGAAGUAAUCAAUUUUACAAUAAAAUUGCACUGGAAGAGUUGGAUUGUUAUAGUAUAUCCAUGAAUACUGAAAUUUGUCCUGUAACAUAAAAGAGCUUUAAAUAUGCCAUUUAUUCUUAA